CAACAGAGUCGGUCUGUGGAGCUAACGCUGCUGAGGGACACAGAGCCCGAGUGUUGUUUUGAAUUUGCUAGAAGAAACCGACUGGAAGAGGGGGGCCAGGGCCUGUGGAAAAAGAUGGCGGAUGUAGAAGGAGAUGAUGAAACUCGGAGCACUCUACCUUCAGCAUCCCGUAACGGUCCUGUGGUCGGUUCUGGCACCGCGGGUCAGAUCGCAGCUUUGGUAACGUCAGGUCCGCGGACCGUGAGGAUCGUUAAGUCGGAGUCGGGCUACGGGUUCAAUGUUCGCGGUCAAGUCAGCGAAGGAGGACAGCUUCGGAGCAUCAACGGGGAACUGUACGCUCCUCUUCAGCAUGUCAGCGCUGUGUUACCCGGAGGAGCGGCAGACCGAGCCGGGAUAUCAAAGGGUGACCGGAUACUGGAGGUCAAUGGGGUGAGUGUGGAAGGUGCCACCCAUAAGCAGGUGGUGGACCUGAUCCGUGCCGGGGAGAAGGAGCUCGUUCUGGCUGUGCUGUCUGUUCCAGCUCUGGAGGCUGACGGAUUGGAAGGCGGGGAGGAUGUCCAACCAAACUACGACUACAGCGACAAGCAGGCAGUACCCAUUUCCAUCCCCACAUACAAACAUGUAGAGCAGCACUCCGAGAGGUUUGUGGUGUACAAUGUGUACAUGUCAGGCAGACAGCUGUGCUCAAAGCGCUACAGAGAGUUCUCAAUCCUUCAGCAGAACCUAAAGAGGGAGUUUUCAAACUUCAACUUCCCAAAACUUCCCGGUAAAUGGCCCUUCUCCCUGUCCGAGCAACAGCUGGACGCUCGUCGUAGAGGUCUGGAGGAAUAUCUGGAGCGAGUCUGCUCUGUGCGUGUGAUCGGGGAGAGUGACAUCAUGCAGGAGUUUCUCUCUGAAUCGGAUGAGAACUACAACGGAGUGACCGAUGUAGAACUGCGGAUAGCCCUGCCAGACAAGACCACCAUCUCUGUCAGAGUCCGCAAGAACGGCACCACAGACCAGGUGUACCAGGCAUUAGUGUUGAAGGUUGGAAUGGACAGUAUUAUGGCGAGCUACUUUGCCCUUUUUGAAGUCAUCAACCACUCCUUCGUACGGAAGCUGGCACCAAACGAGUUUCCCCACAAGCUUUAUGUGCAGAAUUACACGUCGGCAGUGCCGGGGACUUGCCUGGCGCUCCGCAAAUGGCUGUUCAGCUUCCAGGAGGAGGAGUUGCUAAGAGACAACCCGCUGGCACUGCACUACUGCUUUCACCAGGCGUUGGAAGAUGUGAAGAAGGGAUUCAUAAAAACGGAGGACAAAUCCUACCAGCUGCAGAAGCUGGCAGAGCAGCGCAAGAUGGCCACGUACCUGAGUCUGUUGCGGACAUGUGAGGGCUACAAUGAGGUGGCGUUCCCCCACUGCUCCUGUGACUCCAGGAGGAAGGGACACGUUAUCACAGCCAUCAGCAUCCAUCACUUCAAGCUGCACGCUUGUACUGAGGACGGCACGCUCGAGAACCAGGUGAUCGCUUUCGAGUGGGGGGAGAUGCAGCGCUGGGACACAGACGAGGAGGGGAUGGCUUUCUGUUUUGAGUAUGCAAGAGGAGAAAAGAAACCUCGCUGGGUCAAGAUCUUCACUCCAUACUUUAACUACAUGCAUGAGUGCUUUGAGCGGGUCUUUUGUGAGCUGAAGUGGAGGAAACAGGUUGAGGAAGAGGCGUCUGACAAAGACAACAAAAACUGCAGCAACAAUGAGUAUCUGCCCCCUCUGGAGACACAGCAGAAGGGAUGGCGCCACCUAGGAGGAGAGAUCGCAACUUCCUAAAAAAAGCAUUUCUCACCACUCAAACUAGAACUGGUCCACUUGCAUUAUCACAGCCACCCCCAGAGAGCGCCCAUCGACAAACACAGAAAACUGAAUGACGGACUGAGGCGAUGCACGCCUCAGAAACAAACUGGAAGUGAUAUGAUUUUGGAGACUGGAAUAGUCACACUAAACAAACCCCAGGGACACACAGCAAGAAGAGCAAUGAAGGAAAACAAACAAAAGCCAACUUCAAUGUCAUUUUCUAGAUCUCCAUAGCGUCUGUUGUUUUCGCCCUGUGAUGUGGGGGGGCAGGACACGAGUCUCUCUCUCCACUGGUUGAGAUGUAACUCACGCACACACAAUGUGUGAGGGGUCAGGGGUCAACAUAGCACUGGGGCAGCGUUUGCGCAAAGGGAGCAUCUCGUUGAAGAGGAGCUGCAAUGCGGGAUCGCAUUGUGACGGCCAGUUCUCCCAACACGACCGGCUCGGUCCAAAGCCCUCAGUGGGACCCUCGUCUGCUGAACUGAGUAGAGAUGAAAACAAGAAUGGAGGGAUACUGAAAAAUACGCAUUUCCCUUCUUUAACGUAAGUGAUGAAGGAAGAAAGCAGAAUCGUGCUUUAUGCCGAAGACGGACAUUAACACAAAAAUUAUUGUUAAAGAAAUAUCUGACCAGGAAGGGUUCUGUCUGUCAGAAAAACAGGAACAACAAAUGUGUAACUUACUGAAAACUGACGUGUGGGAGGGGGGUUCAUAACAUUAUUACUUCUGAUAAAAUAUAGAUUAAUAUAAGAGCUAUAAAAAUGGGUUUCUUGAUCUAACACAGUGAAACACUAACUGAAUUGCAUCAAAGCAGCUCUAACCAAUCUCCAUUUUUCACCUUGUCUUCUUGUUCAACCCACGCAGCUUCACAACGACGUCUCUUGGCAGUCUGCCAUUAAUGUCAGUAUGUGUAUUUAUCCCCAUCACAAGUGUUUUAUUGUGGUGAUUUUGCAGAGUUGGAAGUCAGGGCUUUCUCAGGCUCGACGCUGCGCAGAGAUGAUCUCCUUAAGAAAAGGUUGAUGGGCCAUAUCGUUGAUGAUUUAAACAUGGCACACAUGGGAGAUAUGUCCAACAGAUUGUGGAUAUAAGGACAGGAGAGUAUGAAGUUGCAGUCUCCUGAGCGGGCAGGAGAGGGCAGCAGAGGGUCGGACAGAUUUGGUCGUUGGAUCAAGAGCAGGACAGAAAUCCUCUCAGAGCUUCUUAAAGAGUGAUCCCCGGGGCUCUGUAACUCACCCAAAAGUAUCACUCCUCUGCAGGUUGUGCAGUAACCACUUCGCAAGGACAGAUGGUGUGUGUGUGUGUGUGUGUGUGUGUGUGUUGUACAGAGAGUAGGUGGUGCAUAAAGUUUUGUGACUGCAACCAUCAGCAUACAUAGCAAUGCAUGCAGCUGCCUUUGUGUCAUUGCAACCAUUAAACUACAGUAUUAGUUGUGUGUGUUAUAACAUGAUCAUUUGACAGAUUUAUCAUUUACAGACUUUCGCAGUUCAGUUGUGUUUUUCACACGGAUAUAUUUCUUUAUUUCUGCAGAGUGAAAAACAUUUUUUUCACACUUUCAGUGCAAAGAAAAGCAUGUUGACAUGCUGAUAAAAAACAAAGUGCUUCUGAAUUGAGACAUUGUGCGCAUGUGUGUUGUGACUACUGAGCACAGUAGAGUUUUGUUUAUCCCACUAAGGGCUACAACUUGGCAGGUUCAUUACUGACUCAUUCUUGUGCUUCACUCGCCUUCUGGCAUCGACCCAAAGCCUGAAACAGAGAGUGAAGGUUUAUUUUAUUUGACUGACUUCGAGAGCACAAGUUCAAGUUUCACAUUGUUAAAUGAUUUUUUUUUUUUCCUACCGUUCAGCUCAGCUAUCAGGUUCAAUUAAAUGUUUAAUUCAUGCCUAGGUUUAGUCAUAAUUGGCUUCUUUUACCUUGGAGCGUGUGUGUGUGCGUGUGCGUGUGUGUGCGUGCGUGUGUGUGCGUGUGUGCGUGUGUGUGUGUCCUCUGUGUUUAUCGUUGACAUUGCUGAUAAGCUCUCAGGCUGUGAUUGGUCGCGUGUGAUGAGCUGUCGUUGUGAGAGCCGGCAAAUGAAGAUGAUAUUUUGAGUCGGUAGCAGUGAAGAUGCCAGACAGAUGGAGACAAAUGGGAGUUGUCUUCUAUUGUCUAGUAAACAAGCACAGCCCCUCACACACACACACAUCCCUGUCUCCCUGCCACUCUGUGAUAUGGCUUGACAACAUCGUUAAAUGAAAGAUCAAAUAAUGUUGUCAUUUGUCAUCCAGUUGUUGCCUCUGUGCACACGGCUGAAUCAUACAACGACAUACAGCGAGACAUGCUCCUCAGUAGCAGCAUGUUGUGUGGAUGGCUGGAUUGAGAAACAAAUUGCAGCGUGCUGAUUGCUGGAUGGUCAUUUUGACAGCUGAAGUAAUAGCCAAUUCAAAGAUGGAUGACAUUAGAAUUGGAGCCAUUCAACCAUGUUGAUAUUUUUUUUAGGAUGCUGAGGAAGACACAGAAAGAGGUUGUGUGUGAGUUGUGUGUGUCGGCUUGUCUGUCCUCUGCUCUUACUCUCUCCAGGUUGGUCUCCCAUCAUCACAGAGGGGGGGGGAUGUGGUUGCCGUGGCAGCACCGCGUUGGCUCGACAGGCUCAGAGCAGCCUCUGUUCCUUUUUUUCCUGUCAGCAAACUGACUCACCCCUCCCAAUAAUGUAUUCAAAGCAGUGUUUUUUGUUUUUUUUACUGUUUGAUGUUUGUUCUCUGUCCCUGUGGCCCAUGCUGCUGUGAAUAGGCUUAUAGAAAGCUGCUUUCUUUUUCAUUAUACAUAUUUUUGUGUCUUGGUUUGUAUUGUUGGCGCCAGGUGCCAUUGUGCACUCGCUCUCAGUCGCGAGCAGGUGUGCUCAGGCUGUCAGCUGUCGCCCGUUUCGGCCAUCGGUGAGAUAAAUAGUGACAGUGUUGAGAUGAAAGAGGAGAGAUGACAGGAAUGUUAAAGCACGUUUUUUUUUGUACGGUUGGCCAGUGUUUGUUUGUUGUGUACGCUGUGCUGUGGGCCAUCUGUGUUUAUUGUUUGAGAUGCUGGACAGUCUUGGCUUGUAAGUGAAUGAUUAUGUAAAAAAAGGAUUGAAUUUCACACAUGACUUAACACGUAAACAGAAUGUCAGAGAGUGCAGCACACAGAUAUCCACGUGUGGACUGCACAUGACGCUCAGAAAAAGUUGUGUUCAUCACAACUGCCACUAAAAUGCUCGCCUGAUUCGAGCUGUUGCUAUAGCAACAUAUACAUUUUCUGAGUCUCGUGCCAAAUUGGCACUGAUUUUCCCCUAACAUCGUUCAGUGGCAGAUAUUGUCAACGACGUUUUGAAUUGGACAGCGUUUCAGGCUCAGGGUUUGGAGCAGCAUUGUGAGGCGGCUCAGUCGGUCUCUCUCCUUUGACUCUGUUGGUUUUGUCUGAACCGCCUACGUUUGUCUCAUCAUCUGCACUUAUGUGUGGAGUCGAUGUUGGAUGAUCUCAAGCGUCUGUCUGGGAGGGCAUUCGCUGCUGGCUUUCCCGUCUCAGCUGCCAUGUCCUGCCUCUGACUAACAUGAGGGUUGGAUGUAAGUGUUUGUUUGAAAAAGUGUUAGCCUUCGUGUCAUUAACUUCUGUUCAUUGCUUAGAAACACAGGGCUUUGUUUCCAUAGCAAUUAGGCAGUGACAUUAAUUAACUAAGCCUUGUUUAUCUGUCUUCAGCAUAACCUGUAAAUAGUUGUUUUAAAAAUAAAAAAGAGAGUAUCUCUUGGACAAAAUGCACUCUUGUUCCUCCGACUCAAAACUUUUAUUUAUUUAAGCAGAAAUUAUAAAUCUUUGGGGAAAUGAUAGAGUACACCGCUGGAGCCACCUUCGAUCACUGAUUCUGUGCAGGGCACCGGCUGUACAGAGGAUUAGCAAAGUAAACAAUAAAACAAGCUGUUUAAAGAUGUUCAAUAACACCUGAUUCAGAACUAGGCUACAAAAUGGAGAGUUUUAUAUCUAAAAACAAACAUGAAGGUUUACUAACCGAUAUAAAACAGAAAAAAAAAAGUUUGAAAAUGUUGUGUAGAGUAAUAAAUUGUAACAAUAUUUUAAAUAAAGUUAUAUAUUGGGAAAGAAAA